AUGGGGCGAAAACCCACCAGGUAUGUCCACCAGGUUGAAGACAAAAUAGAAAUGGAACCAAAGAUUGAAGCAAUACGGAAAAACAUAGCAUUGGCGACAAGGGGAUUAUUUUUGCCAGAACAGAACAGUUUAAAACAUUUUACCAUCCCUAAAAGAACUCCUGAUAAAGGUCUUCUAACAGAGUGUUCCAUUAAUCAGAGGGACUAUAGUGAGAUUAAACAACGUCUGAGUCAAAGUUGUCUUGACACACAGUGUAAGCUGGAGUGUCUUUGGCAGUUUGAGAAAAUAGAAAUUCUCCACAAUAAAUUCCUAGAAGAGGAAUUUGUUGCAAAGAGAUCUAAGUUGCGUGAAGAAGGAAGACAAGAUGAAGAAUUCUCUAGCUUUUUAGUUGUGUCAAAAGAUGAAGUCUCAAAAAUUUGUCAGAAAGGCUUGCAUAUUGGUCAUUCCAAGAAAGAAAGAAAUAUUAUGAAGGAGCUAGGAAAUCCUCAACUUGGAGUAUAUUUAUUCAGAUAUGUUGAUAUUGCUUUGAGUUAUGCGUCCACACACUCAAUCCCAGUAGAAAAUAUCAUUAUUUUCAGGGUUCUCUUCGGAAAAGUGAAAAAAAUCCAGCCUCCUAAGGGCAAAAAGAAAGUUGUUUUGGAUCCAACUCCAAACUUUGAUUGCCAUAUAUCCAGAAAUCAUCCUUCACUUCAGGAUUCAUUGGAGGAUCAGGCCAUUGGUUCUUUGGUAUAUUUUUAUGAAUACAAUGAACUUUCAAAACCUGUGGAUAAACCGAGGCAAUGCCUUCCAUAUGCAGUCAUAAAAGUAAAAAGUGUUAAUAAGAAUGUGAUGGCUGACUACCCUGUAACAUCUUUGAAGUUAUGUAAACCUAAAAGGUUGCCUAAGCAUGUUGGUAGAGGAAGGGGUCUCCCACUGGAAAAUUGUACAAGAGUGACAAGGAUAGGUAAAAGCAAGCUCAUCUAUGAGCAUUUCAGAAAACCCGUUGAAUGCUGUGCAGUAAACUCAGACAAUAUUACAUCUGCAGAAAUUUCUUCUUUUUCUGGAAGCAUACAAAACUGGAAUAGCUCAGUAGCUGAAACCCAGUGUAAAAAAAAUAAACACAAAUCGACUAGAAGAUGGGAUUCAGCACAAAUGGAAGCAAAUGAAGUGAAUAUUCAGCAUAUACUUGGUGAGGAUGUUAAAAGUUGCCACAUGGGAAACUCGACUAAAAAUCCUUUGAAAACGUUUACUGGCAUUUCUCCUGUCUGUAAUAGUGGCUCAAGUACUGUAACUACUUCAAGACUCAUAAAGGAUCCAAGGUUAACCAAAAGGGAGAAAAAUCUGGGGAAGCAAAGUGAAGAGGCAAUAUUCCAUGGGAGUUCACAGAAUGAGAAAGAAUUGGAAAUAUCUGCUAAUGUAAGCAUACCUUAUCCUGUGCCUAAGGGUUUUUUUCUUCAUGACUCCAAACAUGAAUUUAGCCAAAGGCAGUAUGUGGAGAAAACAUCAAGGAAAGAAAGUACUUCAGAAGAGCAUGUAUCACCAUCUCCGUUGAACAGAGAUGAAGAUUACAAAGAGAACAAUGAACAGUUGCUUGGUAAUAUAAACAAAGAAAUUCUGCCUUAUAACACUUACAUGGAACACUUUUUAAAAACCUAUGUUAGCUAUAGUUCUUCAAAAUCCAAGGACUUUAAAAACAAUUCAAGUACAAUUCUUGUAGAAGACCUCAAAAGAGAAAAAGGAAUGAAUUAUUCAGAAGUAAAAUUGGCUAAUGAGUGGAAAUCCCUGGAUUCCCAGCCAGUCAGCAUAACAGUGGAUUACAGGAAAGAAAAGCCCAUUAUUGAACCACCUUUCUAUGAUCACACUGACAUAAGUAUAUGCAAACAAAAUCAUGAAAGUGUAACCUCUGGUAAAGAUAAGAUGGAUCAUAGAGGAGAAAUGGGUAGCCAUUUACAAGAAGUUUAUGGUUGUACCUCUGAAAUAGACUGUUCAACUGAUUUUGAUCAAAAAUGUGUUAUAAAUAAUUGUACUUCAUCAGAGAGAGAAGGUAAUGAUGUUGGCAAAACCUACUGUGUCCAGGACCAUACAUUACAUUCUGGAUUUUGUAAAAAGGUACAUGCUUCUGAAAAUAUGAGAGAGGUUUGGACUGAAAAUAACUAUGGGUUUGAAUGGUCUUCAGAUGAAAUGCGUGCAAAUAAUUUUGAACAAAAUAAGCCUCAAGAAACUAUACAAUCUCAAAAAUCCAGUGUGGAAAGAGCAAAUAAUUCAAUCUAUAAAAAGGAAGAAUAUACAAUAAAUAAAGGAAAGGGGAGCCCUAUCAAAGAGAGAAUUAGUGAUAUACAUAACAUGCAUUACUCUCAUGAUACCUCAAGAACUGAUUUGGUAAUGAGAGACUUCAGUGAAAAAAAUAUGUGUGUUUCCAAGUUAGAAUCUUUGGACAAAAAUAUUUUUAGGGAUAGAGAAUGUUCUUCAUUGGGAAUAUUUGUUGAUGGACAAAGAGAUCAUGAGACAUACAUAGAAGGUGCUGAUGGUUUUGACCAAAUACACACAGCUCAAUUGGAAGGGUCUCUUGGGGAAGAAAAAAGUAGAGAAUAUACUCCUGAAAUACAGAUAUUUUGUGCUACAGAAAAUGCAGCAGAGAAAACAUCAGGAAGCCAACAAAAUUAUGUUGAGAAGGGCUUGAAAAGUAUAGAUGAUAUAAACUGCAUGAAAAUUUCAGAAUAUACUGAUACUUUGGUUUCAGAAAGCUCAGCUUGUGCUCUCAACCUGAAUUUUCAAAGAUGUUCAUUAUCAGAAACACAGGUGAUGAACAUAGAAAGUGGCAAAGAGAAAUUUGAAGACUUGCAUGAACAAGCAUUGCUUACUAAAUCUGUGGGUCUGACAACUCAUCAGGAAAAAAAUCACAUUGAUUUUAUAUUACAUACUUCUGUUCCUUUGGGGAAUAUUGAGCAUACAGAAAUUAAAAAGCCUCAGUCUGAGCACACGGAUUCCCCAAAUGCAAAUUUUGAAAUGUUGAACAAUAACUUUUCUUGUAGAGAUAGUAUUUCAGAAGGUUUAGAGGUGAAAUGUGAGGACACUAAUAUCCAGGACCUAGAAAUUACUAAUGAAUUUGAAAGUGCAUUGGAAUGGUGUAAGAAAUGUCUCUUAGUACCACAGAAAUUAUGUAGUCAUGGAAAUACGUCUAGUGAAGAAGGUGAAUAUCAUUAUCUGCAGAAACGUAUGGAUUGGGAUAAUUUGUUUGGAAAACCUAGUUUGAAGAUAGAAGUUUCAGGAAAUUCCUUUAUGAAGUUGAAUGAAAAUUGGGAGAAAUCUGGUGUGGAAGACAAAGAAACUGAAUCAUUUCAUACAUUCAGGUGUCCAGACUUAAGAAUUACAGUAAACAAUAAAUUUCAGUCAAAGUUGAAGGCAAAAAGAGAGAAAUGUCCAGCUAAAUAUUCAAGACACAAAAUGGGUAUUAAAUGUAUGCAAAAGAAAAAAAUGAAGAAAUGUACACAGAGUCAGAAAAAAACCAAACUUUGUCACAAAAAGAAAGAAUUUAAUAUACAACAUUCAUCUAAGAUGUGUUCUUCAUUGUCUAAGGGACAAUUUAAAAAAAUUGUGCAGUCUGAAAAACAUAUUAAGAAUAUUUUGAAUACACUUAACACUGAAGCACAGCUGUGUAAAAACAAAUGUGUGUCUCAAAAGAUAGGUGGAGCUAUGUUUCACUUAAGGAAAGCUCGAAGGAGAGUUCGAGCUUUAAAAGCUGUAGCAGAGGUUGGAAGUAAAAGUCCAAGAGACUCAUCAAAAUCGUACAAAGUCCUACGCUGUAGACUUUUACACGUGGAUUCUUCUAUAGCAUCUAGGUGCAUUUCAGAUAUGUCUUCUAGUAAUGAUAAUAUGAGAAAUAUAAAAAAAGAACUUGGAACAGUCUCUGAAAAACCUACCAACUUAGAUAUGGAACUAAAAAACAACUUCAGCUCUGAAGCUAAUAACUGUACCAGCAAAAAUAUUGCAAAACAUUUGAAUUCAACUACUGAGGAAAAGGAAUUAGAAGUCUGUCAAACAGGCGAAAGAAAAGGUGAAUGUACUUGUAAAUGUGAUGUAAUGAUGAGUACAGUUAAAUUUGCCACACCAGUUCAAACAGCUUUAGAAUCUUCUGCAAAAAAAUUAAAACCAGAUGAUAUUUCCAUAUUAUCUCCCAUCUACACAAUGCAGGAAAAUGUUUUUUCCAAUAAAAAAGAAAUUCUUGGGAAAAAACCAGCACAGCAAGACAAUAUAAACAAGAGAAUUGGUGUUGGAAGGUGUUCUGCUUCAUCGGCAUUCUUGCCUAUAGCAGAAGAUAAACAUGACGUGAGAGUGAGUCAGAUUUACUUAAAUUCGCAAAUGCAUGGUGCUGAAUCAUUGUCUUUGAAAACAAGAUCAAACAAUUCAUCAAAUACAAAUUUAGAGGGAAACUGCUCUGAAAUGCUAACUGAAUAUUUUAACAAACAGCAAGAAGACUCUCAUAAUAAAAACAAUAAUUUAAAAUCUGAACCCUAUUGCCCCAAUAAACUUGGUCAAGCAGCUGAACAGGAAUUGCAUACUGCUGAGAAUAGGAAAUAUAAACCAUUGACUGCAUAUGUGAGACAACCAGAAAAUAAUACUGAAGGAGUUUUAUCAAGCGAGUUUCAUCCUGUGCCUUCGAUAGAUAAUAACUUGCUCCUGUCAUCCCAUCAUUAUGCAUUACAGGAACUCGAAGGGGGGAAAAUAGAGGAAACUGGGAUAUUGAAAAUUAAGAAAGAGUUUUCAAAUAUAAAGCCAAAUGUCAAAAAUAACAUUCCUGUGCAGCCAUUUGUUAAGAUAGGCUUUGAACAGAAAGAUAUGACACAAACAAGUCAUAUCACACCUAGUGAGGAAUCCAUCUGCAAACAGUCUUCCUCAAACACUAAUCAAGUUAUUAGACUUCAUUCUGACUCACUAUUAAGAACUGUUUCAGAACAGGGUGUUGAAGCUAUUACUGCAACCACUAUUUUAUCUCCUGCAUGUUAUAAUGUCAUGCCAAAUAAAGCAACUAAAAACUUUACAACCUCUUGGACUAGACCAAAUGAAAAUUGUUUUUCAAGUGAACAUUCUAACAACUGCAAAGACCUCAGCAGUGACAUCAAAUGUACAAAAGUAGAAAUGGAACCAAAACCUCUUGAUUUUAAAAUAAAAAUAUCAGAGAUCUUGCAACAGGCAGAUGAAACCUCAUCUUUGAAUAUAUUACAUGAAAAGAUUAUAUUUUGCAGAAGCAGUCUUCCUUUGUUUGUGAUGGCUUUUGAGAAAAAGCAGGGUUGCUCUCUUGAACAAGUUUUGGUUUCUAGGGAGAUACUUGGGAAUGGUGAAAGAAACAUGCAGGCUAGUUGUAAAUUAAAACCUUGUGCUAUAGAAGCGCUGGUUGAACUACAGAUUAUAAUGGAAACAAUUGAAUUCAUUGAAAAUAAGAAAAGACUUAUAGAAGGUGAACCAACCUUCCGAAGUUUGCUUUGGUAUGAUGAUUCACUGCAUAGUGAGUUGUUUGGUGGACAGUCAGGUUAUCAACAGCAGUCAAAUUUCUAUCCUGCUUUUCAGAGGAGAUUAAAAUACAGUGCUCAUAAUGAAUUACAAAGCUAUCAUAAACAGUUGGUGGAAGUUUUUGAGAGCACAAGAGGGGAAAAUAAUUCUUAUUAUUCCUUCUUGAAAUCGAGACGAGAAAUAGAGGAAUGUGAAGCAGCAAUGAAAAGUAAUUCUCUUUUCUCAGAUUUUUUUCUUUCUGUACCAUAUGUUUGUGGAGCUAACUAUGGGGAUACCCUGGAAGACUUAGAAAAGGCAAGAAAAAAUACAGUGGAUUUAAUAAAUAUAUGUAAAAGCCUUGAAGGAAUUAGUUUCAGUGCUGAAAAAGAAGAACAUUUUUGGGUUAUAAUAGAGAUUAUUGCUACAAAGAUAGAAUUUAUAAAGACCUGUGAAGAAGUGAAUAUAAAAACAUCACUGUUUGGCCUUGAGCAUAUAUUUUUUGAUGCUGCUAAAAGUUUUGCUUGGAGAGAAAGAGAGGGAUGUAUAAAUGGAGUUUUAAAAGAUGGGGAACAACAAAUGCUUGAAAUCAACGAAGCUGCCCUGUCUAAACUCUAUGAGAUUUAUGAGAAUAUGGUAGAGGAGUGUGGGAGUAGAAACUUUAACAGUGCUUUUCAAGACGAUGUCACAAGGAAGUGUGCUGAAGAAUUUUAUAAUUGUGAAAAGCCGGACAGGCCACAAAAGGCAAGCUAUUUCGUUACAAAUUCUCCAGUUUUACGUCAGGAUAUUUGUUGUAUUGGUGAAAUACUGGAUGAAGCAAAGUCUGCAAACACUGAAAGGUUACAGCAGCUUAUGUGCAGAUGUACAGAGCAUAUGGAAAUGUUGAAAGCAUAUUUUCGGAUUUUACAGGAAGAGGAUGACAAUGUUUUUAUCACAAAAGAAAAUGUGCUGGGAUUUAUGAAAAGUGGUGGCAUACGUUCUGUCAUUUUGAAACCAGAAGCUGUUGAGGUUUAUACUGAAAUUGCAAUGAUACAUGAAACAGUUUUUUUCCUUAAAAACUCAAUAGCAAGAAAAGUAGAUAAACCAAGGUUUCGAAGCUUAUUAUGGUUUGAUUUAUCACUUCUACCUGAACUUUUUCGAUGCCAAGAAAAAAUGGCUUCCUUAUCUUACCGGAAAGACAACCUUUUAAAAAUGAUAGAGUCUUCAAUGACAGAGCUUCAGGAGGAAGUGAAUGUUAUUUAUGACUAUGCACAAAACUUGAACUGUUCAUAUGCAGCGCAGCUUCUCUUAAGAGAAUUGAAUGAACUCUCUGAAACAAGAAACCUGCUGCAAAAAUCUAAGUCCCCCAUCUCCAUGUGUGUUGACUUGGUACCCUAUACCAUAUGUUUAAAUUAUGGGAGUACUGUGUCUGAACUGGAAUGUAACUACAGCCAAUUUUCUUUGCUUCUUGAAAAAUUGAUGUUGGCUGAAAGAAAGGAUUUGGGGAAAAUGGCUCACAUUAUGAAAAUAAUGAAAACCAUUGAGCAUAUGAAGUUUGUCUGUUCUGAGCAGGGAAAAUCACCUCUUCCUUUGGUUAUAUAUCAAAUGCUUAAAAACUGGAGAAAAGCUUGUCAGCUGAGAAGGCAAGAUGUGAAAACCCCUCUGGAUACCAGCAUCGAACAAAGCAGGGGCUCUGACACACACCUCAAAAGGCCGGUUGAUGUAACUCUAGAAGACAGCCCCUGUUCUCCUGAAGAGAAGAGUGAUUGUUCACAUAGAAAAAAGAAAAAAGUUACUGCUUCAUUGAUGACAACCACAAAGAUACAUGAAAAAGAAGCUAACAGAGACUUGAGAAAGAGUGGAAAAUAUAAUUUCCCAAAAGACAAAGAACUACAAUCAAGCAUUUUAACAGAUAACACCUGGAAUAAAAACAUUAAGGUUUUGACAGAGAGGUCACCAAUCUCACCUUUCAAAUGUAUUCCAUCUUCACCAAAUGCCUCCAGUUCAAGUUUCAUUAAUUCAGACACAUUAGCAAGUCAGAAAAAUCUAGCAAAUAUAAAAGACUUCAACAAGAGCAGCAGGAGCUGUCAGAGUGUAAAAGAAAAUGACCAGGAAUAUUUUGCAUCCUAUGAUAGAGGCAAAUGUGUUUCCGUAUCUUCAAUGACAUUUCAGUCACCACAAAGAUCUCUUGAAGAUACUUUAAGCUCAUUGGAAAAAUUAGAUGGUGAUAGUUUUCUGUUGCACACACUAAAUAAGCACCAUGACUUAACAUCAGAUGUUUUAGGAAAUGAUUCAGAUUUAAUGCCUGAAUAUAGCACAGCCAGGAGGUUAUCUCCAAAACCUGAUAGAGAUGUUGAAAAAUCUGAGAUUCCCAAAUCAGAUUCUCCAGUGAUGACAGAAUUAAAUGAGACCAUGGAAUUGGAGUGUUUGAACUGUGAGCCAUCUUUCAAUGAAAAUUCCGAAAGAACUGCUGAAUGUUCUGCUUCCAGUCAAAACGAGUAUCUUGGAGAAACAUCUCAGAUGCAGAGUUCUGUGCACACAUGCAGGACAGUGUAUCCUGAUUACUCUUGUUAUUUCUAUCAAACUGACAGCAAUUCUCACUCAGUAACGCAGACAUAUCAAGAAUUCAAGUCCUAUCAAAUGCAUCCGCUGACUCCUGGCAUAUCUACAGCUGCAAGCAUGGUGAAUAAUGCACAAUCCAGUAUGUUUUAUUCACAGACUUUCAGCCAUUUUGGUAUUAGGGAAUCACAAGGAUUUAACUUUGCCCAGGCCUAUCCAGCACACAGUUAUUUCAAUUCUACAGUGGCCUUUCCAUUCAGUUAUCAGCAGCAGUCUUCGUGGUACACAGAUCAGGCUUUGGCACAAGAUCCUUUUCUGUAUCCUUAUAAUAUUGGCUCGUGA